AUAAAGUAGAUUUUUAUUAAUUAUUUUUAAAUCGACAACCAUUUUUAUUAAAAAAUUUAAAAAAUUUUAAAAGGCUAAUUAAGAGGUCUUAUAUAUAAUAAAAUUUAUGACUCAGACAAAUCUUGAGUUUCUUAAAUAUUAUUCUUUAACAACACCAUAUCCUUCAAAAUGGACAGAUCCUAGUGAAUAUCAAUUUAAUAAUGAGGAAAAGUUUGAUUCAAAAGAAUUUCAAGAAUCAAGAAUAUUUGAGGAAGAAUUUAUUGCACAGGAUGAACCUGAUCCUUUAGGGAUGGGCGAUUCUGUUAUUUCAUUAGCUAAACAAAAUGGUAUAACAGUUCCAGAUGACAUUAGAUUGCGUGCGAAAUAUCUUAUUUCAUCAAAAAGAUUUAAUCCGACUGUAUUUUUACGAGAUAUUCAUUCAAACAAUUGGUAUCCAGAAUUAUUAUCUGGAUUAAGAUGGUUAACUCAGUCAAUUGAAAAGAGAUCAGAUGCUUUGAAGAUGCUUGUUGAGAAUAAUUUUAGUAGAUUUGUAAAAGCAAAAACAACAAUUGAUUAUGUCUGUCAAGAUAUGAAACAUGAUAUGUUAAACCAAGAAUUUGACUAUGGAAUUUCUGAAUUAAAGUCAAAUAUUAAUGAUGUGAUUACUAAGGCAACACAAACAUUUGACCCUAUCACAGAAAAUCGUGCAAAAGCAUAUCGUUUAAUAUCUACACUUUCUAUCUUAGAAAAGUACAAAUAUCAUUUUAAUGUUCCAUCAUUGUUAUUAGAUUGUAUUGAAAAGAAUGAUCAUGAAAUGUUAAUACGUGAAUAUAGAAAAUGUAAAGACAUAUUUUUAGAAGAAGGUGUUACACCUGAAAAAUCUGUGGAUAUUUUUGAAUCCCAAAGAUCUAAGAUUUUUAAAAGGAUCUGGAAAGAAGUAGAAAAAAUUAUUGAAGAUUAUCGCAAAAAUAUUUUUCAGCAAUUUUCUACGUUCAAAACUCCAGAAGAACAACACAAAUUAAUAUGUAUACUUCUUGAAUUAGGAACAACAGAAAAUCCUAUUCUUUAUUCUCUUAAAUGCCAAAGUGCUUGGCUUAUAAAAAGUUUAGAACAAGAUUUUAAAGAUGAGUGUAUAAAGAUUAAAGCGGCUCAUCAUCAAUUAUCUAAAUUGCCUCUUCCAACUAAUAAACAAAUAGUUCAACAAUUGAAAAAACCAUUAAGGAAAUAUCAGAUGUCUAGUGCACGUGAAACAUCAUCUGAUAACCUAAUGUGGAAUUCUCUUGAAAAAAUGAUUGAAUAUAUAUUUAUUCACAAGUUUCAUGAAUUUAAAAAUUAUCUUGAAAUUGUUUGUAAAAUUUCUCAAGGAAAUCUAUUAAAGCAUUUUCCUACAGGCAAAAAUGGAGAAUCCAAACACCAUCUUAUAUUUUCCCCCGACGAUAUUUUUUCUGUAAAAAAGUCAGCAGAGCAGCUUAUUUUUACACUCUCUUCUCUUGUUAUUGAUUUUUUCAUCUCGCAUUCAGUAAAAAAGACAUCAUUAUCAAAUAAUAAUCAUUCAUCUAAUGAUAAUAAUUUUUCAUUGAAACCAGAAGAUGCACCUGAUCUAGACAAUAAAAAUUCCUCAAUUUCAUUCAUACCUCCAUGUUCUGACUCUUUAACUGCUUGCUCUCUGUUAAAUAAAUUAUUAAAUAUUAUUGUUAAUUCAUCAACAGCAAUCUUUAAAUUAAAUAUUUCUCAAGAAAUUAACAAAAAUUUACAAACAAUGAUCAGUACUGUGAGAGAAAUGUUUGUCGAAGCUAUAAAUGUUUUGUGGAACUCAGAUUCUUCUCAUUUUUAUUUAUUAGAAGACUGGGUAAAAUCGAGUGAAAAUCCUGAUAUAACAGGUUAUCCGAAAGCAUUGUAUGCAUAUGAGUCUUGUAUUAUUAUUAAAAUUAGCGAGCUUUUAUAUAUUGGAAGAAACUCUAAAUUAAAUGCUGAAGAUAUAAUACCGUCUCCUUUGACGAAGACAAUAUUAUCUAUCAAAAUGCAAUUUCUAAAAUCUUUAUAUAUUGCCUUAGAAGGGUUAAUCAAAAUUGUUUAUUUUAAUGCUAAUCAAACAGAUUCAAAAAAUUCUACUCCUGAACUUUCUUCGAAAUCCGAAUAUGAAGUAAAUCAUGAAAAUAUAGAUACUCGAAUUCUUUUUACUUUAAGCAAUUUUUCUCACCUGAAAAAUAAUAUUAUUGCUACAUUAUUGAAGCAAUUUGAAUCAUUGUAUUCUUUGUCUCUAGAAGAUGAUUCAAAAAAUUUAUACAGUGCUUUAGUUCAACUCGAUAAUCGUUUAUUUGAUGAUUAUAUCAAAGUUAAGUCUGAAUCUAUCUCUCAAAUUAUAAAAAAUGGAAUACUCAAUUCUAAUUCUAUUUGGUUAUCUGAAGAACCACCUCAAGAAAUUCAACCAUACGUAUUUGAUUCCAUACUAUCGCUAGUUGUUAUUCAUUCUCAGCUUUCUACUAUUACCUCAAAUUUAAUUCCUCGUGCCUUAAAUAAUUUAGUAAAAUCGCUUACUCAAUCUUUACUUGAAUCAUUUCAAAAAAUUGACAAUUUUGGUAUUGGAGGAAUGCUUCAGGUUAUUAUAGAAGUAGAAUUCAUUAAGCAAGUCUUGGAAGCAUAUAUUGAUGAAGAAACCUCAAAUAUAUUUGGAUCCUUAUAUCUUCAUUUAGAGAAAGCCUAUCAUCAUAAUGACAAUCGACAAAUUUUUCAACAAGAAUUAGAAAAAACAAAAAAUAUAUUAGUUAAUUAUAGAAAAAUAACACAAUUACAAUAUUCUUGUUUUAAAGAUUCCUCAGAAAAUACACUUAAACCAUAUUUUUAA